AUGCUAGUAGACGGAUCCAGACGAAAAAAUGAUGUUAAUAUUAAUAAUUUUAAUAAUACAUUUUGUAUUAAUAUUCGAUGUUUAUUAUGUAAUUUAUUAACAUAUUCUGCUUCUGGUAAUGUUCCUGUCUCCUUUCUAUGGCAAUUAUUUAGUAAUAAUAUACGUCCAGAAUUACCAAAAGAAAAUUUUGAAUGGACCAUUUAUGUUCAAAUUAUAGAAUAUACUAAAUAUAGUGGAUGGAAUUUAAAAAAAUUAAAUGAUGCAUUUGAAAGAAGUAGAGUAUUAAAUAAAAUUAUUAUUAAAGCAACAGAAUCAUUACGUUAUAAUAAAAAAACUAAAAACAAAAUUGUAACGAACAUCUUAUAA